GUCCUAGCGUGCGCGGCUGGUCAGGCCGUCGGAGAGGCUAGGCCGUGGGCGUCGAUAGGGUGCAAGUGGACAGCUCGAGCGAGUCCGCUGUUGAGUACGGAGUACUUGGCCUAGGCUUGGGCUUGGGUCAAGAGACAUCAGACCCCUUCCGGCCGCUCUCCACCCUUCAACUUCAAGCGGCAGAGAAAACCCUUCCCAUAUACCCGAAUGCUCAGCCACGCAGACAACUCCAGGGUGCAAUCCGUGCGUUCACAUUGGACAAAGCGUUCUUCAACGUCCACUCCGAAUGCACUCAUCGCCUCACUAGGCUACUUGCUGACCGGUAAUAUCUGAUACUCUGAAGAAGCCUGCGUGCCCUGCAUCGCGGUUACCAUGGCAAGUUCCGACAAUGGCCUGUGGAUGUACGUGGCGUUUGGCCUCAUGGCCGCCGUCGCACUGCUGGCAAUAACGCUGCUCACGGUUUGCUGUGUGUAUUGUCGUCGGCGACGACGACGACGACGAGCGCGGUGGCAGCACGGGAAUCAGGAUAUCCAAGCAGCAUGUGUCAAGCCAUAUGCCAGCAGUACAACCAUGUCAUACAAUGAGAAGAUAGAGAAUGGUGGCGUUGUAAUACCGGAAUCCAGGAGCAGCCUAAGCGAGAGCCUUUUUGCAAUGAAGUCGUUUGAUGUAGAACCUCCACCGGGUACAAAGCUAGGCAUCUGUACACCGAAAGUGGGGCCAAUGGACACCAACGCGGAUGCAACCGCUGAUGGUGCGGAUAAAACUGAGUAUCCAAUCAUUGUUUCUCAGGCGCAGGCUGCGCAUGCACGUCUUGCUGAUACUGCUAGUGGUGGCGGUGGCGGUGGUGGUGGCAUCGUCACAGUUACUAACGGCGAUGCCGGCAGCAACACCAACACCAACACAGGCAGUGCACCGCUGGCGCUGAGUCGACGUGGCACAGCGGCGAGCACGUCGUCGAGCACCGCUCCGUUGCUGUCGCCCACUGCCGGAGCGGGUGCUGCUGGUGGGGGUGGCUGCAGUGCGCCACGCACAUCGCGUGCCGAUCUCAACGAGAUGGCCCACAUUCUACCCGGCGCACUGGAUGUGCUCGAGGAAAUUGAAGCCGGACACGUGCCAGGCCCCGACUACUUGACCCAGCGCGCCGGAAAGCAUCCGUCCGCCAACACAGCACCCGUUACGGGCAAGGCUGGUGGGGGACUGCAAGUGUGUCGCGAGGCCGACGAAAACGAUCAACCGUUGUUCUCGUUUGACCAGACGCCGGCAGCCAAAGCACUAACUGCCGCGCAAGCAUCAGAGUCAUCCCCGUUGUCCCCAGGGACACCGACGAGUGUCCGUCGCCUUGCACAUGCACAGCAGGGCACAGCCAGCGGCGUCGGCGCCGAUCCACAGCUGACGCCGACAUCGGCGCGCCGUGGACACGUUCGUCAGCCAGCGCUGUCCACUCCCGAGCUGGAGAGGCUGGCCAACGCGCCGGUGAAACCGUCCGAUCUACUGCCGCUGGUGACGUCGACCCCGAUGCCCGCUCAGUCCGGUGCCGGCGGUAGCAAGGCUCCGACUGCGAUCAGCAGCCACAUACCCGAGCAGCUUCUGGGUGCGUCUGUCAAGCCCGCGAAGGCCAUCUCACGGUCACCAAUGCCCAACCGCCGUGCCCAACAGCAGCUCGGCGUGAGAUCGGACAGCCCGACUGGCAACGUGGACAAGGUUAAGAUACGAUCGCGUGCCGGAUCACUGUCAGUUCCCGGAAUCGCGCCCCACGACGCCCAGAUGUCAUCAUUCGGCAGCGAGCAGGCCAUCAAUGGUAGCACAAGGAACGGUGUGAGCGCCGCCGAUAUUCAAAAAUCCUUGUUGUCGUCGGUCACAGCUCUGUCGGCUGGGUUACCGCGUAAGCCGUUGACUCUGUAUCCAGAUGAUCACCGCUCGCCGUCCACUCUAUCUCCGCUGGUCCGUGACAAAUCGAACAACAACCUGCAGGCCGCUCUCUUCCCAUCGCCCGAGUCCGCACCGCAGACCUCCCCCGGUGUGCGAUCACCGCUAACACAGCCGCCAGGAGGAGAGAAAGGCUUGGGUGGCGCAUCUGUCCAGCAAAAGCCGGCCAUCAGCAGGGUUCCACCACUGGUCGAUGGCUUUCUUGACAAACUCAUGCCCAACAGUACAAGCAGCAGUAACAGCAGCAGGCAAGAGGCCGCCACCAGAAAGGCCGAGGGAAGUCCCCUACUCUCACCGGCCAGCUGCUCCCUGACAACGCAGUCGCCGGGCGCCACUCGCAAGACACCCUCGCGACAGCCCAGCGACGUGCUACCGUCGCCACGUCCGUUGCUACGGCAACAGCACACGGGCGACGCGAGCGUCUCCGACAUCACGACCACCGCGGCCGGUCCGAGCGGCGGCGGAGGAGGCGGUGACAUGGAUCACCAUGACAACGAUGACGAUGACCCGUUCAAUCCGUACAUGCUGCCCAGCGACGAGCUAGCCGAGUUUGCCGGCAUGGCGCAGGAGCACAUCUACGAAGUGAUCCGCAGCCGUCGAGAAUCCCUGCACGGAAAGUACCCCAGCCGCGGAGCGUGGAAAGCUCAUACAAGCUCUAAGCAUCCAAAGUCGAGCAGCACCACCAGCACCAGCACUGAAGGUGCGAUAUCGACCGGCAGUCCCGCUGUCGUCGAGUCUGGGGACCGCAGCGCGGCCGCCGCCGCGUCAAAGUCGGCUGUGUCACGUGACCAGUACCGUGCCAGCACGCUGUACGACCAAGUGCCAGUGUCACCAUCCACCACCGGCGCCACAGCGGCUGUAGCAGCGGCGGCACCACUGACCGUUGGUCACAUGCUGCGACUGGAGCGAGCGUCAGCAUCAGGCGUCGCCAACAAUGCCCAGUAGGUUGUGAGCGAUGGCGGCGGAGGCCCGUUGUGAUGACGUGAGCAGUGAGCUGCCGUGCUUGUGCUCUUACUCCCAAUGUGCUGCGCAUGCCAUUCGAAGAUGCCGAGACCUCUGGUCGGUUGAGCAUGGCACUGACAGGCCCCACCAGCACCAUCUCACCCCAUGCUAGCAGCCCCUUGUGCCUUCCGGUAAGUUGUGUAUCGUGUAAAUAAAAAACGUUCUGCAAACCGGCACACUUGAGCAGUACAUCGGCAACACAGUGUACGUUCUAGUAUAUGUAAUUGAAACACAUGACACAUAAAUAAUGGUUGCAUGUGCACGCACUACGCACUAUGUGAUGUAUUCAGUAUGCGCGUUGAUCACGUCGCUGCGAUUGCACAGUCCUGAAGCUGCGACAUCAGACACACUCACUGGCAUGCCACUCGUUGCACUGCACAUGCGAUGAUGUCAUUGCACUGUACAUGCGAUGAUGUCAUUGCACUGUACAUGCGAUGAUGCCAUAUGUGUAGCCUGCACGGCAGUUCAUGCUUGUGCAUAGCAAUGCUAGAGUACACGGUUGAAUGUGUUAGCAUACAUGCACUGGUAGCUGAAGUAUGUUUGAUGAUGUCAUUCGCGACGUCUUACACCAGUCAUGGUUGCAUAGGAACGCUGGUGCGGACGUACGACUCUUCUCUACUCGUAAUAGGCCACAGUACUUUUUUGCAUCCUUUGAAAUUUCGCUCACUUCAUAUUUUGCUGAAAUCACAAUGAAUAUUUUUUUAUUAGUGCACCUCUUGAUUUCCUUUCCUUUCUGGCAAGACCGGUUUUACCUCGCGUAGACUCGGUUGAGACAUGAAGCGAACACCUGGAAACACGUCGUUGAGCUUGGUGUGAAGUCGCCGUCGCUGCCACAUUAUAAUUAUGCACAGUGGCGAGUAGUAGAAGGUACUAGUAGUGGCUUCUAUCUUAUCGCAAUGGCUUAUGUUUUCAUUCCUUCUUGCGGUCAGAUAAUUAUAGGUUUA